UCCGCUUGAUUUCUCCAUGGCCCAGGUAUCUGCACUGGAUUUGGGGGGCGAGAAACAGUUGUUACAGUUUUUUCACGAACCUGUCCGACUUCACCUGCUCUACAAGGUGCCCCACCGUGGAUUUAAGAUAAGCGAUUUGAUUUCUAAAUUCGAUCAAGAGGGAAGAUUCGUCGUAAUCGUUUAUUUGGAAUCCGGCACGAUGAAGGGGGGAUAUAUGAGUAAACGACCUGGUUUUUAUUGCCAAGAGGACAGAGGGGCAUUUGUCUUUGAAAUAGACCAUCAAAAAGCAAACGUAUUUCCUGUCGUGAAGCACCAUAAUUCAAUCAUUUUUAAUAGAGAAAAAAUAGGCUUUGGGGGUUGGCUAAACAUUUACAGCAAUAAGGACAACACACUCUGUGUUGAUGUGGGGUUCGAUGAUACCUACACACCCACCGAUUGGAGUGACGAGUUUGAGGUGUCCUUCAUGGUUGUGGAGUUGCAUCGCAUUCAAAGUAAUUCUGCCCCAAUUCAAUGUGAUGAAUUAAAUGUACUCUCUGAAAAUGUAGUCUAGGCCUACUGUAAUUGUUUGUUAUUUUUAUGUUCAAGGUGUUGGAGAUGUGCUGCUGAACCCUUGGAGGGAGCUGUCGUGGACUGAGAAAGAGAGGGGGUCACUGAGGAAGAAUCUGGUCUCCUUCAAACCGGCCUGCCAGUCUCUGAACCAAAUCAGGGUUCUGCUGAUGGGUCCUCCUGGGUCAGGAAAAUCCAGCUUCAUCAACUCUGUCAGAUCUGUGAUGUUCGGAAGAGUCCUUCUCCUGCCUUUUAUUGGCACUGCAACAAAGGGCUUCAUCAAGAAGCUGAAGUCAUAUGACAUCCGGUCAGAGAGAGGAGGGAAGCCCACAGCUCUGACCCUGUGUGAUGUGUUGGCUCUGGGGGACGGUGAGACGACUGACCUGACCGUCCGAGACGCACUGGCUGUCAUCAACGGGCACGCCCCCAAUCGACACAAGUUUCAAAGUGAAUCGCCCAUCAAAGCUGAGACUUCAGGUUACAGACCUGUUCCAUCGGUAAAUGACCAAAUCCAUUGUGCGGUGUUUGUUUUGAAUGCCUGCCAAGUCAUGACCACCAGUGAUGACCUUACAGAGACACUGAGGACACUUCAAGCUGAAAUCUCAGACCUAGACAUCCCCCAGGUGGUUCUGUUGACCCAUGUGGACCAGGUGUGUCAUGCCGUCCAAGAGGAUGUGAAGUUUGUCUACUCCAGCCGGAUCCUACAGGAGAAGAUGCAGAAACCAGCAGAGGUGGUGGGUUUGCCAGUGUCCUAUGUGCUUCCAGUGAAGAACUAUUCCAGUGAGUUGUCUGUGAGCUGCAACACUGACAUCCUGCUGCUGAGUGCAGUUCAUCACAUUCUCCAAGCUGUGGACGACACAUUUGAGGAUUACUGACCUUCAACCCCUGCAGAUGCCAGUCCAGUGAUGGUUUAAUGUUUGAUAAGUAACUGGGUAGAAAGGUGUUGUGCUGCAAUGCAUGUGUCAUUAGCAGUGUUGGGAGUAGUUACUUGAAAAAGUAAUAUUACAUGAAAGUAACGCAUUUCUUGUUAUAUUACUUUGUGUUGCUUUCAUGAAAAUAAAUCUCAAAACCUUAUAGUUUGUUUAACUUUCUGAGCCUCAGAGGGAGGGAGGUAAGCCACGCACACUCUACAAAAGAUAGGUUCAUCUAAAAAAAAAUAUUCUCUCCUUCAACCCAAUCAGGAACAUCUUGGUCACAACUAUUUCCUAAGUGGUGUAGUCUGAUAUAUUCACUGAUGUAUUUAUGUUUGCAUUGAAGAUUUAUACCAAAGUAUAGGUAGCCUCUCACACAAGACAACCUUUUUAUGCACUGUGAGAUGCACAGGAGGUUGUUGGCACCUUAAUUGGGGAGGACGGGCUUGUGGUAAUGGCUGGAGCGGAGUAAGUGCAAUGGUAUCAAAUACAUCAAACACAUGGUUCCAUGCAUUUGAUGCCAUUUCAUUCCUUCGGUUCCAGCCAUUAUAAGGAAGAGUCCUCCCCUCCGCAGCCUCCACUGGUGAGAUGUAGGCUAAGCAUUGUUGUUUUCAUCCAUUUUAAAAUCAAGAAAAUAUCGCCCUACUGUUCUGUAAAUUCAACCAUCUAAAUCAA